AUGGCGCAAAACACAAACACCGAUGGAACGGUGGUUAUGCCGCGGUUGGAGGAUAUCCUGCGUCAUCCCGAGGACCUCGACAAGAUCAAUGGCCUCAAAGCAGAGUACCAGCGGAAAAAGGCUGCUGUCGACUCCCGGCUCCGCGAGGGGCUUCGUGAACAGCUUGAGGCAGUGCAGCGCAGCAUUGGUAUUCUCACCGAGGGCCAGCGACAAGUCUCCAAGACCAAGGAUGAAUUACAAGGCAUCGACAAACUAUGCGCCGAGUCGCAGGAGAGCGUGGAGGACUUCGCCCAGAUCGACAAACUGGCCCGGAUUCAACGGCAUUUUGAUGCCACACUACUCAUGAAGAAGGGUCUCGAAAAUUUCAGUGCGGAUAUUCAGGAGGUGGAAGACUUGCUGAGGGAGGAUGACGAUGAUCUGGAGAACCAACCAAAUCUCCUCAAGGCCCAUAUGCAGAUCUCCCGGUUACGAGACUUCCGUGAUGAAGCUAUGGACCAAAUUCACAAAUCGCACGACACGAGCAGUGAGGAGACCCUCAUAGAGUACUUCCAAGGACUGGACUCGGUGAUUGAUUGGUUUGAUGACCAUCUUGGCACUGCGUGUAUGAACCUGAUCCCGUUGGUCCAGGAAGACAACAGGAGCAUGGUGGUUCGAUUGGCGGUGGUUGUAAUGAAUGAGGAGAAGAACGAUGACACCGUCAAAGCCCUACAGGAAGCCCAGAAGGAUCACAAGGACCUGGCGAGCCGCUUCAAGUCUAUGAAUAUCGGCCCUAAGACUGUUCGGGGAUACAAGAACAAAUUCCUCCAGGCGAUCGAGUUCUACGCGCAGAACCAGUUCAACAAUACCAAAGACGAAUUUCUCGAGGAUCCGGACCAUAUGGAGAAGAGCUUCCGUUGGUUUUUCAAUGAUCUCUUCACAGUUCAGCAGGGCAUGCAGGCUCUGAUGCCGAAGAAGUGGAAAAUCUACAAGACAUACACUGAUAUCUACCACCGCAUGAUGCACGAUUUCCUUGUCGAAUUCAUCGACGACCCCGAGGUUCCAGCAGACAACCUCCUGAAGAUAAUUCACUGGAGCGAAAAAUACUACAAGAAAAUGAAGAAGCUGGGUUGGACCCCUGGCGAGCUCCAGCCUAACCUUUUGGAUGACCGCGAGCCGGAGCUGGUGCGACAGUGGCAGAGUGUUAUCAUCAACGCCGUGGAGGAGUGGAUGGACCGCAUUUUCGAAACAGACAAGAGAGGACUUGUGGAGCGGCAAGCGGACUCGCUGGAUACCAAUGCAGAUGGCUACUUCCGCACCAAAACACAGGCAGAUAUGUGGCGUAUGCUCCACGAGCAAGUUCAGGCCGCCGGGCAAUCAGAAAGAGCUGACGUCGUCGAGGGUGUCAUCGAUGCCAUGUUCCGAGCCCUGAAGGGCCGACAGAGUGCCUGGCAGGCACUUAUCGACGACGAAUGCAACAAAGCUAAGGCCCCUGGCGGCGACAAUGAGGGAGUGCAACUGCUGCAGGACUGGCUGGUCGGCGUGGCCAAUGACCAGAUUGCCUGCAUCGACGACAAUGAGGAGACCGGCCAGACGGGCUACUUGACCAGAUUCAAGGCCGACAUCGAGCCUUUUGUGACACCAAAAUACAUGGCGACCCGGGCAGCAUCCGAGUUAGAGGCUUUGCGUGAUGGCUAUGUCGACCUGAGCACCCAUUGUCUAGCACUCUUUGUGGACGUCGUUUUCACCGUGGAUCUCAGCUCUGUCCUCACAGACCUCUUCACGUCCAGAUGGUAUGGCGAGUUCGCCAUCAAACGAAUUACCACCACUUUCGAGGAUUAUCUGGUCGACUACGGCCCCGUUUUGCACCCUUCUCUCGUCGAAAUUUUGGUCGAAGAACUAUCAGACGAGCUGCUCGUACGGUACCUGUCGUCCGUCCGUAACAAAGGUGUCAAGUUCCGCCGCCAGGUCGACCCCUUCACAGAGAAGUUCAAGGAUGACGUUCUCACCGUGUUUGACUUCUUCAAGAAAUAUGAGGAUUCGUUUGAAUCUACCAUCAAGCAGAAGUGGCGAUUGGUUGACUGGCUUGUCCGCCUGCUUGAGGCUGAGAAGGGUCAAGCUCUUGUGAACGUCUACGAGGCGUUCAAGAACGAGUACUGGGAUCUUCAGCUGUCUUGGGUGGAGGCCGUGCUCCGGACUCGGGAUGACUUUGAGCGCAGUAUGGUCAGCUCUAUCAAGGCCAAGGCCGCGGAGCUGUCUGUCGAGCGUGGUAUGGAAACUAUCAUGAGCCGCCUGAGGUGA